AUGAUUUUGUUAUACGUGACACUGUUAUACGCAGUGUCACGGGCUCUAGCUUUAUCGGUUACCAUUCUCGACCACAACCAGAUGCUAAUACUUGCUCUCUUCGUUUAUGCUGCAGUCUCUGGCCUAGUAUCACUCGCUAUUCCUUGGCUGCUACUCAGUCUUUAUUUUACUCGAAUUCGAUCAACGAACGUUAGCCGUCGGAAUCAUGCACUAAAACAACUCGGCAUUACAAUUACAGACAACCUGCGGCUCGUUGGAUUCUUUCAUCCCUACUGCAAUGCAGGUGGUGGUGGAGAGCGCGUCCUAUGGACUGCAAUCGCCUUAUUUCAAAGGAAUGAACCCGACGUUGUCCCCGUCGUUUACAGUGGAGAUAUCGAUGCCACCAAGGAGGAAAUACUUGCCAAAGUAAAGGCCCGUUUCGACAUCGCUUUAGACCCCACGAAAAUCAUUCUUGUCUUCCUUCGUCAUCGAAAGCUGGUAGAAGACUCCACUUGGCCCUUUUUCACUCUCCUGGGUCAAAGCAUAGGUUCUAUGUUUCUUGCUUGGGAAGCCAUGAAUAAGCUGAUCCCUGACCUCUACAUCGACACCAUGGGUUACGCCUUCACCUUCCACGUUGUCACAUGGGUCGCCAACAUACCCUCCGGUGCCUACGUUCAUUAUCCCACUAUUAGCACCGACAUGCUUAGAAGGGUUCAAUCUCGACAGCGAGGACAUACGAACUCAAAUGCAAUAUCGUCUUCGUAUAUUCUCAGUUCAGCGAAACUAAUGUAUUACCGCUUUUUCAUGUACUACUACUCCUCAUCCCUUCGAAGCGCCGUCUUCCUUAUGGUCAACUCCUCAUGGACCAAGAAUCACGUCGAUUCCGUUCUCAGUCAUUCCGAUCCCUUCAUCGACUUUCUACAUUUCUUCGUUCCGCCUUUACUCAUCUUACGCUACCUUACUUCACAGAACAAAAGUCCCGUUGCCUCUUCGCGAAUCGUUUACCCUCCUUGUGAUACCCGUGAGAUGGCCAAGUUUCCGUUGACGAAUAGGGAAAAGGUUAUUGUCAGCGUAGCCCAAUUUCGCCCUGAGAAAGAACACGCUACGCAGUUGUACGCGCUGCAUGAGUUAGUCACCCGUCAUCCGGUAUACAGAGUUCAAGGGAAGGAGGUCAAACUCGCUAUGAUCGGAGGAAGUAGGAAUGAAGAAGAUGCAUCGAGGGUUGCUAACUUGCGAAGCCUUGCCAAGGAGUUGGAGCUGGAGGACCGUGUUGAGUUUCUUGUCAACGCACCUUAUGCGGAUAUGUUGUUACAGCUUUCGAGAGCUAGUAUUGGGAUGAAUACGAUGGUGGAUGAACAUUUCGGGAUCAAUGUUGUGGAGUAUAUGGCAGCAGGAGUCAUUCCCGUUGUACACGCUUCUGCUGGACCUCUGAAUGAUAUUGUUGUACCGUUCAAUGGGAUGCCUACAGGAUACCACGCAAAAACCUCCAAAGAGUUUGCAGAGGUGUUACAUACGGCUUUAUCUCUGACGUCAGAAGAAGAUUCCGCUAUUCGUGAACGUGCUAGAACCUGGGCUGCGAAAAGAUUUUCGGAAGGAGAGUUUGAGAAGGGGUGGGAUGGCAGUGGGUGGAAGAGGUGGUUAUGAGAAGUUGUCGAAGGUGGAUCUUGGACGUAUUAAGUAUAUGGCAUGAUUUAUUGUCAAUUCGGAUAUACAAAACGUUCUCGAGUUCAAGCGGGACAUUUAGACUCGUGGCCUCACCGCGCGAGUCACUUGGCGAAGGUGUGGUGAAGAGGUCUGUCGAGCCUAGUGGCCUGUGGAAGGCUGGAGGACAAACGCAGGACUUUCAAGCCAUUAUGCAUUAUCCCUUGUUACUGCGUCCAGACUGUUUGUAUUUUACAAACAAGCCCCC